CCUUUCAACCCUUGGUCAGAUAACAGGACCGUCUGCUAUAAUCCGGUAAAGCAUAUGGCGAUAGAAGAGCAUAAGUAACAACGACACGAAUCAUGGAAGAAAAACAGGGAUUUGUUGGUGCCCCAAAUGAGGCUAACUUGUUGAAAUUAAUGGAGAAGACGGGAUAUCCAAUGAUGCAAGAGAAUGGCCAGAGGAAAUAUGGACCCCCACCAAAAUGGGAAGGACAGGCACCUUCGCGGGGAUGUGAAGUUUUUGUGGGUAAAAUUCCCCGCGAUUGCUAUGAAGAUGAACUUGUGCCUGUAUUCGAAAAGAUCGGUAAAAUAUAUGAGUUGAGAUUAAUGAUGGAUUUUUCAGGAAGCAACAGAGGUUACGCCUUUGUUAUGUUCACAAACAGAAGUGAUGCACAGAAAUGUGUUCGUGAAAUGAAUAACUUCGAAGUUAGAAAAGGUCGUCUGCUAGGUGUAUGUAUUUCGGUGGACAACUGCAGAUUGUUCGUUGGGGGUAUUCCUAAAACCAAAGGUAGAGAAGAAAUUCUCCAAGAAAUGAAAAAGGUAACGGAGGGAGUUACAGACGUGAUUGUGUAUCCAAGUGUCGUUGACAAAACGAAAAAUAGGGGAUUUGCAUUUGUGGAGUACGAGAGCCACAGAGCAGCAGCUAUGGCAAGGAGAAAGCUUAUUCCAGGACGGAUUCAACUCUGGGGACAUCAGAUAGCAGUGGACUGGGCUGAACCAGAACAGGAUGUUGAUGAAGACACGAUGUCAAAAGUUCGGAUUCUAUAUGUAAGGAACCUCAUGCUGAACACUACAGAGGAGACUAUUCAACAGUUUUUUUCCAAAGCUUGUGGAAACGAGAACAGCAUUGAGAGGGUGAAGAAAAUGCGAGACUAUGCAUUUGUGCAUUUCAAGGAGAGGGGGGAUGCUCUGAAGGCCAUAAAGGCAACAAAUGGGAGCAGUUUAGAAGGAUCACUCCUUGAAGUUGUACUCGCAAAACCAGUGGACAAAAAUGACUACAGAAUGUAUGCUCGAGGGAAAACUGCUAUGCAGGAGGAGGGUGAAGAAGACAGUGAUUAUUCAAUGCAAUACCUGAACCAGGCCUACGCUCAAUUCAAUGUAUUUGGGGAAGCUGCUGCAACUAAUGCAAUGUAUGGCCAGGCUUACACAGGAUCGGGGGGUGCUGGUGGAAGUUGUCUUUGCAGAGGAGCUGGAUUUCAAGGUCGUACAGCUGUGGGGAUACGUGGGGCUCUCAGAGGGCGUGGGCGAGUAUCUGCAGGCAUGCGAGGAGGAAGCACACAUGGGGGAUACAACUUCUUAGGGAGAGGAGCUUACAGAAGAUAUGCUACUGAUGAACAUCUUUACGACAUUUUGCCUGGCAUGGAAUUGACACCCACUAACCCUGUCACACUUAAACCUCAAACUGUCAAAUCACCAGUUCAGGUUCUGGAGGAGAUUUGCCAGAAGAAUGCUUGGGGCACCCCAACUUAUCAACUACAUUCUGCAAUGAAUGCAGACAUGCAGCUGUUUUUAUAUAAGGUUACCAUUCCAGCCAUCGGAACGACUCCGUUUCAACCCUCCAAACUCUGCAGAAAUGUGGAUGAAGCCAAGAAUUUUGCUGCCGAGUUUGUCAUGUCUCAGCUAGGAAUGCCUUUUGAAGGUUCUGAGGUUGCCAAUCUCGCCCCCAACCUGUAUCAGGGACGACCCAUUGGACCUUCUUAUCCCCUGACUAAUGGUGCGUCAGCUAUCACUUAUGCCUCCUCCAUGCCAGUAGUGACCAGUGCUCCACCCUCAUAUGUGGUAGCUCACGGAAAGAUGCCACCUCCACCACUACCAACACAGAUUCCUUAUGACUUUGGAGCUUCCCCAUAUGCAACCAUGUGAACAGAUGAGAUCUUUGUAGGAAGGAACUAAAGGACAUGAUCAGCAGUGAUAUUUAUGUGUUUUUUUCUGUUAUAUAAUGUUACUAUUUAUAUAUACAUGUUUUUGUGUUUAUUAUACACACAUGCUUAAUAUGAUGGACUUAAGUUUACUCAGUUUACAACGAGAACUAUUUACUACCAUGUUAAAUACUGGUAUGUUUCCUCUACACCUUACAAUGGUGUACUGAUCACCCUGUUUGUUACGGUCAUAUCAGCUGUGGCGUACCAGUCAAGUGUCCUUCCCCUAAAGGUUAUUGGACAUGACUACCUGAAAAGUCAUUUCUUGAUGACUUUUACAAACUACAUUUGUUUUAGAUACCACUGUUCCCACAAAUACCUUGAAUAACUUAACUUUUAAGUCAGCUGUGGAAAUGUUUUGGUUACAUAUAUCCAAACAUGAACCACAAAAACAAUAUGGGAGCAAUUUGUAAGAUGGAGAGAUUCUUCCCAUUAAUGGUAAGAAUAAAUGGGUUGUGGUAAUUGAGGUAUGUCUUACAGCUUUUCACUCCUAAGGACUUCACAGUCAUCCUAUGGCCCAGAUUAAAUUCGGGAUUAUGGAGUGUAAGUUCCGAGACAUUUCCAUGACAUAUGGUGCUCAAUGUUGAACAGUUUAUUUUUCUUUUUAUAUUUGCUGUUUUAUACAGACACAAGUGAGAAAGGAUUUUUUUUUGGUUUUGUUGUUGGGACUACUAUGAGAGGCAAAAAUCAAAUUUGCAUGCAAGCAAUUGAACUGUGUCGGCCGAAAGUUGUUCUUUUGAACAUUUAUUUAGUGAUUUAACAUUGUUUUUGAGUCUUUUUUUUUUAAGACAGGUAGAAGUUUUACACUCCUAAUGAAAACCUUAAUUGACAGACAUAUCACACAUUAACUCAUUCAACCCUGAAGAAAUUUCAUGAUUUGAACUCUUCCAAUUCAAAGUUGGAAUAGUUCAUUAUGAAAUUUCAGGGGUGAAUAAGUUAAUGCUACAUUAGAGUGGUGUUAUUUACCACAUGAAAAGUAAAUCGGCAUUGUAAUUGAAGUCGAUUUUCAUCAAUAUCAUUGUAGAUUAACCAAAUUUGUGUGUGCCAAAGCAGAGGAAUUUCUAAUAUUCAACUAUAAUAUUGUCAUUGGCAUAUCAAAAGAUAAUGUGGGAGAAUUUCAAUAAAAUUGUCCUGCUUAUAUAUAUAUACACUUGAGGGGAUUUUAAGCUAUUUAUCAGCAAUCUUAUUAGAAGUUUAUUUAUUUAACAAGAAUUGCAAUUUAUACUAGUACAAAAUGAUAUUUUGACUUGUUAAAUUGUUUAUAAGAAAAUGUUAAGUGUGGUUAUUCACAAGCUAUGAACUCUGACCCCAGUUAUCUGAAAAGUAGAUUUCCAGACACUGAUAUUAAGCAAUAAUUCUUGUUUCUCUAGGCACAAAAUAUUUUUUCAGAAAGUUUCAUUUUAAUUAGGAUUUUUUCCUGAUCCAGCUUCUCAGAAAUCAAGGUGUUUUUAACAAAUUAGGUUCCACUUAAAAUGAAAACUACAAAUGUACAUGUUUUUCAGUACAGUAGUGUAUCUUAUCAAAACAAUAUUUUUGUUACAUUUCUUGCCAUAAACUAUCUGGUCAAUUUAUACAUGUAGAUAAGAACUGUUUUUCUCUUUGAAAGUUGCAUAAUAAAUGUUGCCAUUUGCCGUUUUCUGUAUGAAAAAACAAAACAACGAUGAAAGUUAAAAAGUUCAUCAAUAAUUUUAGAUAAAUGAGAAUGAUGCCCAAUGAUGUACAAUAGAUUUUUGUCCAGAAGGAUAUGUUAGAAAUGUAUCUUGACAUCCAGUUAUGACCAAUUAAUAGUAAAUGUGUAGAAAAAUUGUUUGUAAAAAUAAUAUUUAGUUUUGUUGCAAUCAGCUUGAAGCAACCAAUUUUAAUAUGGAUUGUAAAUGAUCAGUGAACCGAAAAAAUCAAAAGCAUGAAUAGUCAAUUGAAAUUGUUAGUACUUAAAGAAUUACAUUAGAAAAUCUGAAUUUAGAAAUAAUGGACAAAUCAUCUCUGAAGUAAUCACACAUCAAUUUCAAUCAGGAGUGUUUGCUAAUUUAUGAAAGUUGUUGAUUAUGCUGUUAAAAUUGCAUGCUUGAUAAGUUUAAUAAAUAAAUGUUGAAAAGAAUUGCACUUAAUUUCAAAAUGCAUAUCUCUUGCCAUGUGAAGAAUGAAAGGAAAAAUCUGGUUGGCAAGUAGCCGCACGUUAACAAUUUUAAACCAAUGUUUGAACAUUUGUUUUCUAGUCUGCCAGAAAAGAAUACAUGUAUACUGUAAACAAUAUUCCCUUUUGAAAUUGAGGGAAGGGAAACAUAGUGCUAAAAUAGCAACAACUUUUUUUUCUGGCACAACUUGAAUUCAUUUAAAUAUGUGGAUAUGAUUUGGUGGUGGGUUUGAUAAUUUAUCUUAUUUCUAAAUAUAGCUUGAUCAUACAAUUUUAUCAGUAGUUGCUAGUGCUUAGUUUCAAUUUCCUUGUUAUUUUUGUUUAUUUUUGCAUUCUGUUUGUCAUUUCGAUUCAGUUUGCAUAUAUUAAUUGACUACAUUUUAAGCAGAAUUUCUUUUGAGUACAUAAUAUAUAAUAUUUAGCUGUAUUUGAUUUUUAAUUUUUCAUUUUAAAUAUUGCAUUGAGCUCAAUUGUGGUGGAUGGUAUCAGGAGGCAUUAAUUAUUUUUGAAACAGUGUGGAUUACCGCCUUACCAAAAGUAAUUAAGUUUAAAAUAUUACAAAUUUUAAAGUUACAUGUAGUUGGUAUUAAUACUUAAGACUGAUUAACUAUAGUUAUAAACCAAUGUGCAAUUUGCUGAACAACUGAAACAAAAAGUUUUCAGUGGUGGCGAUAUUGGAUCCAAUUGUAUACCAUAAAAUGAGAUGUUCCUUAGCCUAGGAACCAGUUUGUUCUGGUGAAAGUCACAUUCCAUUUAGCAGAUUGCCUGUUUCUCAUUGGUGCAACUGGACCCUUCCACUAAAUGGAAUACACUGUUGAAUUCUCUCCUGGUACUUGAUAUCACAACUACAUAUUUAAUGUAGCAUCAUACAAAGUGUUUUAUUGUUUUUAGUGAUUUAUUGUAGGGUAUGCUAGUUUGAUUUAUUUCCAUUUUAAUCAAGAAUUUGAUGUUAUGACUGCUUGUUGAUUGUAAUUUUGGUUAAGUAUAGCUGAUCGUUGUGAUCUAGUCUUAUAAUGUAAGUUUAAAGCCGGUCCUUUUAUUUUGUUUUUAACCCAUCCUUGCAACAUUUUUCAACAUAUCUUUGUGAUGUUGUUAUUGUUAGCAUAUGCUUGCGAUGUUGUUCCAGACAGAUACUUGUGAUCUUGAUACUGUAUUGUCAUAUCAGUACUUUGUCAGAGAAGUGCACAUACAUUCAUGAUUUCAUACCUUUAUUGUUUAUCAUCAAGUUCGUGUACAACUAGUCUUACCUGUGUUUUUGUUUCAUUUACACAAUAUUUAAUAUUGCACUCUUGUUACUGCUUUUAUGUUUUUUUAACCAUUUACUGCAAAUAAUGGGUCGAUGCAGCAACUGUGUAUGUACUGUUAUACAAGUUUAUAUUUAUUUCUCUCAGGAGUUUACUUUCUCCCUUUUAAUACUUGUGAACCCACUCGGUGGUAAUGGCAACACUUGUACUCUGUGAUAUUUUGUGCACCUGUUGUGUGCAGAGCAACUACUUUUGCCAUUUUUAUCAUUGAUAAGAAAAGAAUUGAAAAAUUUUGGUACCAAGUGAUCCUGCCUAUGUUAAUUACGCGUGAUUUGACCCUUUGCAGUAAAUCCAUAAUAUAUGUGUGCCAUUGGUAGGGGACGUAGUCCCUUUUUUACGAUUGGUUAGAAAAUCACGGAAAGAAAUUAUUUGUGAGAUUGUGAGGAAUAAGGAAAGAAAUUAAAGAGUGAUCUUGUUGAGAUUUAAGUAAUGGAAUCAAAAUGUAUCCAUAAAUUAGUAUGAAAAAGGUUAGGAUAUAUUGAAAUUAUAGAGGUAGCCCUGCAGCAGUUUUUUUUUUCGUAUCAAAUACGUGGUUUACUGUAUAUGCUUCUGUGGUCUUCCCAAUCUAUAGUUUCUUACUAUUAUUACACAGAAGGAGCACACUUGUGGUUUGGUUGCUGUGAUCACUAAGGGCACACACAGUCAAUACUACUGUGUGCAGUCUAGCUCGAACUUCAGGCCACUCACUCUACAAGAAUUCUAGUUCAAUUCCAAGUGGUGGCAGAAAAAGAGUGAUUUGUUCUCAAACAGUUAGCUGUUAUCCCCUUGGGAUUUACUCUGCCAAAAAAAGCCACCCACAUUUGUUCCACAGUGGGGUCUUCAGAAAACUCCUUCCCCACCGAUGUUUGUUAUUUACAAUCACAUUACUUUAAAUCGUUAUCAUUAUGCGUAUUUCAAUUGAUACAAGAAAAGUGCCUUUAUACAUCAUUCAUCGUGGAUACAUUUUGAUUCCAUUUGAUAGGUUGUGUUAUAGUAUUGCUGUUCUCAUUGAUCUAGUGCCUUAGGUUAAGAUCUAUAUAGCCCUUUAUAGAAGUCGAGGGUUGUAUAAGUUACAGGUAGCGUAGUUAUCAUGUACGUAAUGGCAACAGCUUGACAUAAUGGAACCUUUCUGGUGUGCUGAUUUGACAUACUUCAUCAUCAACAUGUGAAAACUGUUCAAACAAAUAAUUUAUUUGUAGAUGCAUCAUCUUCAUACGAUAAUGAACUAAGCAAAGAUUUUACAAAAUGUUGCAGGUCCAGUUAUAACUGAGUUAUGAUGUUGAGAUUUCAUUGGAUCACAGUUUCUUAUAAAUUUGUUAAUUAUAUUUAAAAUUAUACUUAUUUCCUUGAUAAAGUUAAAUGUGCAUGAAUUAUAAGUAAGCUAGAGUUUUGGGCAUAAACAAUAAUUUGCAGACAGACGUAUUCUUGAAACUAGAAAAAACAUUGAAACAUCAGUAAAUAAAACAAUUGUUCUUUAAUGAACAGUAUUAAUCAGUUGAUGUUAUAAAGUGUGUCAAAAAAGAGAAAUUGCACUUUUGAUAAUGAUAUCCAUCAAAAUUUUAUACAAGUUGAUUGUUACAACUGGCCUUCUGAAGGAUGUGAUUUGAAACCAAUCCUAUUUAGUCCCAUUUACAUAUACUAUUCAAUAACAUUCCAAGUGACAAUCAGAGCUUUAUCCUAAUAAAGUUAUAUAAUCAUUUU